UCCCAAACCGGUCUUGCAGGUCCCAGGAAGGUGGCGUCAGCAGCUGCAGCCGCGUCGACGACGUUGUCGGAGCCUCCGCGGAGGACCAGGAGAGGCAGACUAGGACCAGGGCCCUGGGCCUCCCCACGCGCCCCAUGGAGAAGCCAGCCGCUUCAACGGAGCCCCCAGGACCCCGGCCAGUCCUGGGCCGUGACAGCGUCCAGGUGCCGGACGACCAGGACUUCCGAAGCUUCCGGUCAGAGUGUGAGGCCGAGGUGGGCUGGAACCUGACCUACAGCAAGGCCGGCGUGUCUGUGUGGGUGCAGGCUGUGGAGAUGGACCGCUCACUGCACAAGAUCAAGUGCCGGAUGGAGUGCCGAGAUGUGCCCGCCGAGACACUCUACGACGUUUUACACGACAUUGAGUACCGCAAGAAGUGGGACAGCAAUGUCAUCGAGACUUUUGACAUCGCCCGCCUGACAGUCAACGCUGACGUGGGCUAUUACUCUUGGAGAGGGAGGUGUGUAUGUGUUGGGAUCCGGGUCCCUGAGGCCUCCACCUCCCUUCUCCCCCCACUUCCCUGCCCUGCCCUCACAGGCUCCUUACCCAAGUGGGUGGUGAAUAAGUCUUCUCAGUUCCUGGCUCCCAAGGCCAUGAAGAAGAUGUACAAGGCGUGCAUCAAGUACCCGGAGUGGAAGCAGAAGCACCAGCCGCACUUCAAGCCGUGGCUGCACCCGGAGCAGAGCCCGCUGCCCAGCCUGGCGCUGUCCGAGCUGUCGGUGCAGCACGCGGACUCCCUGGAGAACAUCGACGAGAGCGCCGUGGCCGAGAGCCGCGAAGAGCGCACGGGCGGGGCGGGAGGCGAAGGCAGCGACGACGACACCUCGCUCACCUGAGCUAGGCACCGCCACCCCGCGCA